CUUCCCUAGGUUUUUCCUUGAAGACGUUUUGCUUCCCACCCAAGAAGCUUCUCCGGUUCUUCUGAGGAAGCUCCUUGGAUGAGAGGUGAAAGAUCUUCCUCGAGGAAGGAAACGUGGUCCCAGUUGCCCUUGGAAAAAGCACCUUUGAGGCAGAUCUGCGCCGUUCAACCCCGAACUAUAAAUUCCCUCUUCUGUUGGAAAAGAAAGUUUCUCUUGACUCUCCACAUUGGUGUAGGAACCUGUUUUUGCCUGAGGUUUGAAUUGCAACUUGGAUAGGAUAACUUUUAGCAUGGGCUCCCUCUGGGACAAGCCAAAGUAAACCCUUUGUAAGGAUGUAAGCACCAAAGGAACGUGGUUUUCUUUCUUUUUCUUUUUUUACUUUCGGGUUUCCUCUUUGCUUGUCUUCUUGAUUGCCUUGUUUUUCUUUCAACCUGGAUGACUCAGUGCUUAAAGUGCAGUGGGUUUAUUACGGUCUGUAGCUGAAAAGGAUGAUCUUUUUUCCCCCGCAGUACUUCUCUCUGUUGGACGUAACUCUGACGAAAUUCCUUUUUGACUUUUGGAGAGUUAGGUUUGUUUGGUAAAUAUCAAUCUGGAGAUCUUGCGUCCACAAAUUAAAAUGCUGCGUAUGAGGAUGUUGAAAUAGGUAUACUUCAAAAGAUGGAAGUGAGAGGUACAGACUAAAAUAAGGGGAAUGUUAAGUAUAGUUGACUUGGAAAUAAUUUCCCAAAUCAAAGAAAUAUUAUUGUGUGAAAGAAUAAACACAGUUUUCGAAAGUGGAGCAAAGUAUAGUAGUAAUUUUUUUAAAAAAAUCCUAGAUUAUACCUUUUGCUAGAAGUUCACAUAUGGAACACCACUUCUUUCUGUUUGGCAGAAAAAAAAAUCUGCAACAGAUAAUUAUUUUGACAGUCUGGUGUUAUAUGGACAUAUAUGCCUUUGAUUUUGGAGGAAUGUGAUUAAAUGUUCUUAAAAUUAUGGAAUACAAUUUUAUGAAACACCUUAGACUUAUAAAUGACGACAACAGAGAUAUUUAUAUAACUUCCUUUAAAAAUACUUCUUGAUAAUAAAUAUUUAUGGAGAUUCUCAAUCAUUCAGGUCAUGAUUGUCCCAAAGUUGCGAUUCAAAAGUCUACUGGGCUCUCUUGGUUUUUCCUUGAAAAUGUUUCACCUCUUAUCCAAGAAGCUUCUUCAGUUCUUUAUAAUAUAUUCACCACGACUAUGGAUUACAGCAUGGUGUAGUCAUAUUCAUUCAGUCAGUAAGCUGGGAAUAAAAAGAGGAGAAAUGUUGUUUAUUAAUCUCUGUUAUUUAGGGGUUACUUAGGGCAGAGUAAAAUCCAGUGGUGCUUAAUUCUCUUUUCAGCCUUUUUGCACUAUCAAUUUCUCCUAUAGCUACUUGUUUUCAGCUUCUCAAUGCUGUUGCGUGGGCACAGCUAUGUGCCACUUCCAUGGCAACCAUCUUCGGUUGUUGACUGUUCUUCAAAAUCUGUUCAGAUUAAUUGAAAACAUAUAUAAUUGAUAUGUAUUGAUGAGUCGGUGGUUGCAUUAGUUCAUGGUAUUUAUUUAGUAAUUCAUUUGAAAUGGAUGCGUCUUAAUACGCUCAGUUGGCUUUUUGAUUUUAGAACCAAACUCUUAAAUCAGGUUAUAAACUCUGUUCUCCCCCCCCCAUUAGUUUGAUGUUUAUAUAAGUAAUUCCACAUAUAACCCAUCAGCAGUUUUGUAUUCCUUGCUUACUGUAGUAGCAUUAAUUAUCUGAAUGUAUUUCUGGCACUUUUUCUUUUUCUUUUGUGGCAGUUGCAUUAGACAAUACUAUAUCAUGGGAUACUCAACUGAUUUUUUUUUUAAAAAUAACUUUAAUAUUCAUCCAGCAUACAUUUGAAAUGUUAAUAUGAUAUAGGACAGAGUAAAAAAUAUUUAAUUGGCAUAUCAGUCAAAAUCUAAUGAAAAUGUUAAAUAUGUGGGUGGCAUAUUGCUGGUCCCAGUAAUGAGUGAUUUUCUAUUUGUGAUACUCAAAAUAUUGUCUCCUCUAAACAAUCAAGCAGUGUCUAAAAAUUGCUGUAAUACAGAACGGAUCUCAGAUGUUCCUUAAAAACAAAAAACUUGAGUUUCUGCUUAGGUCUCAAAUUUUGAUAUGUUUAAUGCAUCAGAAUAUUUAACUUCUUUUAUUCCAAAACACCUCUUUUGUUUUAAGUCACACUUGACACCAAAAGAUUAAACUGUUUUGCUUUCAAGGCAAAUUUCUUAUGAGAACCACACAGUUCAGAUUUGGUUGAAGCUCAGUUUUCUCUCCCUUUUCAUGCUGCUGGCUUGAAUAGGAGUAGGGGGAGAAAAUCGCUUCAACAUAAAAAAUAUUAGCCGUUAUAGGUAGUUAUCUAUAUGUGCAGCUCAGAUGUGUUAUUUCUGGGGUAUUUUUUACUUCACGUUUUUGUAUACUUUAUAUAUUUUAUUUUGCCAGAUGAUUUACAGUCUUGCCCAUUAUUACUUACUAUUUUAAAAGACAAAAGAAGAGGGCAUUCUGGAUUAUUCAGGACAAAGGUGCCUUGCCUUCUUAAUGGCCCACUACUUUUCCUGAACUCCUGUAAAGCUCAUUGUGUUAUCACAGCCACCUAAGUUCCAUGAGGUUCUUACAUUCUAGGGGGAGUGUAGUGACUCAGUGUCAGCCAGCCAGAUUGGUUUCACCACAAACAUGUAGUUGGAACAAACAAUUUUGGGGGGUUGAACAAGCAAAAUGCUUUUAUGCCUUUCCUUUCCAGGCCAGGUAGCGUAAGGUUUUCCUCUACCUCGCUGAGGACUCAAGUGAAGUCAUCCCCGGACCUUCCGCGACAGUGCCUGCACAGCCUGGAUAUGAUGCCAAAAGAUCUCCAAAGUAUUUUAUAGUUUGACCCAAUGAUUCUUCUGGAUCUAUAUUUCUCUCUUCAAGAAUAAGUGCAAAGACCAAAUCUUACUUAACUACCAGAUAUUUUUUAUUGCAAGAUCAUGGACCAUAUUACUAGGGAGAAAGAUGAAAGGCGAACAGGGAAAGCAAAUCCAGGAAGAAGCACGCAUAGUUCUCGAGCAUCAAGUUCCACUUCGGCGGCUGGAGUGCUCAUGGUCGGGCCCAAUUUUAGGGUUGGCAAGAAGAUCGGCUGCGGCAAUUUUGGGGAGCUCAGGCUAGGCAAAAAUCUUUACACAAAUGAAUAUGUAGCAAUCAAGCUGGAACCAUUAAAAUCUCGUGCCCCACAACUGCACUUAGAGUAUAGAUUUUAUAAACACCUCGGCUCAUCAGUUGAAGGCUUCCCACAGGUAUUUUAUUAUGGUCCAUGUGGAAAAUACAACGCCAUGGUCCUGGAGCUCCUUGGUCCAAGCUUGGAAGAUUUGUUUGACCUCUGUGAUAGAACGUUCACUCUGAAGACUGUCUUAAUGAUAGCAAUUCAGCUGAUUACUCGAAUGGAAUUUGUGCACUCAAAGAAUCUCAUUUAUCGAGAUGUCAAGCCAGAGAAUUUUCUCAUUGGCCGGCAAGGAAGUAAGAAAGAACACGUCAUCCACAUAAUAGACUUUGGAUUGGCCAAGGAGUAUAUUGAUCCUGAAACACAAAAACAUAUACCUUACAGAGAACACAAGAGCCUUACUGGAACAGCAAGAUAUAUGUCCAUUAAUACACAUCUGGGCAAAGAACAGAGUCGACGAGAUGACUUGGAAGCGCUUGGACACAUGUUCAUGUAUUUCCUUCGAGGCAGUUUACCCUGGCAAGGCCUUAAGGCUGAUACACUGAAAGAGCGAUAUCAGAAGAUUGGGGACACAAAGAGGAAUACUCCGAUUGAUGUUCUCUGUGAGAACUUCCCAGAGGAGAUGGCCGCUUACCUUCGUUACGUCAGACGACUAGACUUCUUCGAGCGACCCGACUACGAUUACCUGCGAACGAUUUUCACAGAAUUAUUUGAAAAGAGGGGAUUCGCCUUCGAUUAUGCCUACGACUGGGUUGGCAGACCAAUUCCCACUCCGGUGGGACCCAUGCAUGUGGAAUCAGGACCCUCCGUGAUCAGAGAUCCCCAUUUACAUCGGGAUCGAUCCUCAGUACAGCCUUACCGAAAUCAGCCUAUGUCCGAGCGCAGAGGAGAGUGGGAAAUUCCAGCAGUCCGGCAGGCCAAUACUUUGUUUCUGACCUCUCACUUGGCUACCGACCGGCAUGGGGGAUCUGUCCAGGUGGUAAGCUCAACCAAUGGUGAGUUGAAUGUGGAAGAGCCAGCAGGAGCACCCUCCAAUGUACAACUUGCAGCCCGUACUGAGGUGGAAGUAGUAGAGGAAGCUAAGUGCUGCUGCUUCUAUAAGAGGAAACGAAAGAAGUCUUCUCAGCGCCAGAAAUAACAGGUGUCUCCUGAAGGCAUUUUUUGGGGGUCUUUUGCGUACCUGCUGUUCCUGCCACGUCUUAUUGAAGGGGGCUCCUGUUGGGGAAGGUCAAGAAACAAGGGACACUUUAAACCAAAAAGAGGGAGAGAGAGAGAAAGAAAGAAAAGAGAGAGAGGAAGGGGAAAUUCCAUAAUAAACAUUCAGGUGGAUUCCCCAGAUGGUCUCCCUCGUUCACUCCUCAAUACCUGAGGCUUCUUUUGAUGGAAUCAGGAGAACAUCUCCCUCCCUUCCCCCUGCAGGCACCGGUUGCCCUUGAUGGAAGACGAGGCUGGCUACUUUCCUUCCUAGAUCCCUUCAGUGAAAGGGGGGGGGGGCAUUCCUGGCGAAUGUGCUUUGUUCCUUCCUAUGGGUUCUCCACGUGCUUCCCCCUCCCCUCCCCUCCCCAGGGGCUGUGGUGAAGCCUAGGGCCAAGUGAACUCACGGCUGCGAGGGAAGAAUGCUGCUAAAAGAGCCCAGGUUUCUCCUACAUCCACAACUUUCCCCGGGCGGCCAAAGUGGGAUAAUCUUGGAUGGUUGCCCUUGGAGAGCAUCCCUGGCAGUUAAGCCAACAGUCGGAGAAUUGCAAUCUACUCUUUAACAGUUGCCUUGAUUUACUGGCAUUCUCCUUUUUUUUUUUUUUGUUCUCUUCUUCUUCUCAGAAUGAUUGGAGAAAACUGUCCGUUCUCAACGAGCAUAAGUUGUUGCACUUUUAAUUUUAUUUCAUUUUUUUAAAUUGUAACACGAUGGAUGCAUAUUACGCCUGUUUUGUGUGUGUUCUCUCCUCGUCGGCGCGAAUGAGGCUAGCCCACGUGCUCAGCUUCCACCCCUCUUCGUACAGGCUGCCCGUCCCUCUUAGGAUUCCACCAGGACUGUGGCCAGGUUCUGAACGGCCCACCCAACGUUGUCCGUGCCCUGCCGCUUAUUUGAAUUUUUCCAGCUUCUUAUGGAACACCCCGGUUGUGGUUUUGUCUCCGUGGUGCCUAUCUUGACCGUCCUGAGAUCGAAAAAAAACCUUUUCUGCUGGCAGGAGAAGCGAAGUCAGCUGGACUGAACUUUUGGACAAGUGACCGUGGAAGGAGGGAGGCACUUUGGCCUUUUUAAGCAGAGCAAAGCUCGGCCAGAGGGAGGACGCUGCCGUUGCCUUAUACUUCUUCUCUGGUUCGGAUUUUGCCCAGGUUUUCCAGUCAAACUCUACAGACUUUAGAAGAGGGUGCCAUCUCUAUAGUGCCUGCCGAUCUUUCAGCUUUGUGGCCUGGGCCUGAUGUCGAUUACACUUAAACCUGGAUACGCAAGGAGAUCAAUAUCAAAAGUGCAAGUUUUUUUUCUUUCUUUCUCCCAAGCAGACGGGACUUUGGGGACACUUUGAGAGGGGUUGAAGAGGCUCCUUCUUGAAAAGCCUUGGAUUCACCUCUUAAAAUCUGUCUAAAAGGCAACACAACCCUGUUGAUCAGCGACUAGUUUUUGGGCCCUCCUGGAAAGGAAGCCACCUUCAAGAUUGUAGGGGGGAGAACCAAGCAAGAGUUCCUUGUUUGCCAAUGAAAUAAGGGCUAGUAGGGGGAAAAGCCACUGGAUCCUAUAACAACUGGAUUCCUGCUCAUCUCAAAUACUCUUUUCAUGCCUGGUGUUUGUCUUAAUGUUAAAAUCUCGCCCCCCCCACUUCUCUUUGCAGAGCUCUAGAGUUCUAUUUCCCCCCCUAAAAUGGGGUAUAACGCAGAAACACAACUCAUCCUCCUCCUCUUUCAUCACUGAUAAGAGUUGAGAGUUUCUCCUUGGCGGUCCUUAAGAAUUAACUUACUGUCCGUUAAAUACCAGUUGAAAUGAGCCUUUUAUUCCACUCUUACCAUGGGACUCAGGCUUGCUUUCUGGAGGAGAUCAAAGCUAACAAUUCAGAAAGGAGAACUGCAGCUCUGUAAUUCCAGCAGGAGCAGCGCUUAACCUUUCUCUCGCCCAUUUUGAAAAUUUGCAUCCUGAAAGUGAAAUAUUUUUACACUGAGCUAGGGAUUCCCCCCCCCCCCCACAACAACUUGAAGCUUGCAGAAAGGGAGAGCUAUGUUUUAAACUACAAACAACUUUGUUUCUAAAUCCUCAGUAAAUCUCUAGAAUGAAAUAGCGACUAGGGAAACCGAUCUGCUCUGGAUCGCUUUUAGGAUUUCCUUUUGUUAUAAGCUAAUCAUUCAUUUUGCACAGAGCAGUACAAAAUGGAAAAAAAAAAACAGUUGUCCAUUGCUUCUUCGGAAAUUGUAAUAUCAACACUUGGAUCUGUAGCCUCCCCUCUCCAAUGAGGCAAAACAUGUUGGCUUCCAGUCGCGGAUAAUUUACUUCUCAACUAUGUUGAAAAAUGUACGUGUCUUUCCCAAGUGUCAAGUCUAUUUAACAGUGAGGAUUGCUUUGCUUCAGGAGUCUUGAAUUCCUUAUUAGCUUGACACAGUUUUUCUGUCAGAACAGAUAUUUGAUAUCUGUUUAGAAAAUAAAGAUAACGAUAUCCAGUUAUCUAGAAAGAGAGCUUCUCACACAUAUGCAUGUUCAUCAGCUGUUGGUUAUUUUGUCUGGGAGGGGGAAAAAAAUCAACCUCUCUUGAGCCAAGAAUCGCAGACCUCUCCAUAUUCUUGAAGUUAGUAAAACUGUUUUGUGGGUGUGAUCACUCUUCUUUUAUGGGUGUGAUCACUCUUUUUUAUAUAAAUAAGUUCAAAUUGCUAAUUUAGCUCUGCAUGAAUGUUCAAAAUACGUACCUACAUCGCACUGAGAAUGACCAGCAUCAGCAUUAGCAAACUCUUUAACUUCAUGGUUGCUUUGAUAAUUUAGCUCUCUUUCAGUUGUUACCCUUUUAACAUAACUCAACCAUCCCCUGAACCAACGAUGGCGCUUCCAGGGAUGUUUGGUCUUCAAGAAGGCCUGCCCAGAUGUUCCUAGGUCCAAAAUCUUUGCUUCCGUUUCUUUCAUGUACCAUACCUCCUACAAGGGGAUGAGCAAACAGCUGCUCUUCUUCUUGAUUCAUAGCAGUUCAUAGAUGUGUCUUUCCCAAGGUUUGGCGAGCACGUACUUUUUACAAAAUGUAAGCGGGAGAUAACCAGGGUGAGCCCCUCGCCGCGUGUAGCUUAGUGUUGGGGCGGGGUGAUAAACAUGCACUGCCAAAUUUGUACUUUCCUGCAAGUGCAAAGCCAUAAUCUUUGCUUUCUCAAGAUAUUAAUGAGAAGAGGAAUAGUUUUAUGUCUUGUCUUUCUCGGGGCCUCGAAGGCUGCGAGUUUAAUAGUUGUGAGUGUCGGUAACUGAGGAAUGAGAGAUUGGCUGCUUUCUGCAGGCCUUGAUGUUGGCACGACCGCUGGCAAUGAAAGGACCCAGUUGCAGAUUUACUUGGCCUCCGCAGUCCUCCGAGCUGCGUCUGUGUGAUGCGUAUCCCCUAAGUAAUCGGAAACAAACUUGUCUGUCUUCAAACUAAUGUUUUUACUGUCCAUGGCAUUGUUUGUGAAGGGUGGAGAAAUGUAAAUUGUACUGAAGUGAUAGGAAUUAUAUUAAUUAUACCAAGGAUCUGCAGAUGGGCAGAUUGCAGUGCCCUGCAACUCCCCCAUGAUCCUGAUUUAGCCCAGCUGAUGGUGGGGGAUGCUGAGAUUUGUAAUUCAGCUAUUUCAAAAGGGCCCCCUCUGUCCCUGCACGGCGUGCGUGAUUCUCAGAAGGGGGAAAGCCUUCAUUUUGUUCCUGGAUUUGUAGGCAGCAAGCCUUGAGUUUGAACGUGGGCAGCAGCCUUGGCUUCUGUUCGCUUUAUUGCCAAACGAGAAGAGAGGUUCUUCGCCCUGACCAGAACGCCUUCGCGCAGUAGACCCCUGUCUUUUCUCACCCUGCUAGAUCCCAGGAGAAGGCCACCCCUUUUUCUCCAAGCUGGGGGCUGCGUGUUCCCUGGCUCCUGGGUCCAGCUCAGAGCUUAAUCUCUCUUCCUGAAAAAUGUUGAGUGGGUGACAAUCCAAGCAACCUAGGCAGAAGUAGGAAGGCCUUCACGUAACCUCUCUUGUCCUUUUCAGACUCAGGAAUGUAAUCGCUUCCCCCCUCCCUCCAAAACGAGAUAUUUCACGUCACCCACCCCCAACUGUGCUGUUGCCGUAUGACUUUAGGUGCUACCUUGUGGAAUUUAGAACAGCAGUUGCCUUUUCCACUUAGGAAGCCCACUGGAUGGGGGCAAAAGUGGGUUUCGCCAUGAUCAGAAGAGAAGGGAGCUAAGACUUUGGGCGUCUGGACCAGAACCAAAUAUUGCAUCUUCUCUCCAGCAGGGAAGUGCAGCUGAGUGGCUCGCUCCCAUUGGAAACCUCGUGAUGUAUAUUUUAUUACGUCUGUUUCUUUUACCUUCGUCGGCCGUUGUGCUUUCAAAUCGUGGGAUGGGGAUAGCGAAUGAGGGCAGCUCUUCUUACUGUAAAGAAAAAUCAGCUGUGAAAAUCUUUUUAGUUCCUCUUUUUUUUUUAAGAAAAGUAUUAUGUGCACUGUUCUGAUUCUUGUUAAAAUGCCUUUGGGGUUUUUUUAUUUUAAUGGUUUCAUUUGAAACACAGGAUGCAAUGUUUUACUGUCCUCUCAUAAUUCGUGUUCUGCAGUGGCCGCUUGGUGGGGAACACGAAAUAUCUUUUCCAGAUGAAUGUCAGUUUGAGAUGCAUCUGAAAACAGUUCAGCCAGGAUAAGGGCUUAUCUAUGCCGUGGGUGAAAAAAUCCUUCCUUUUAAGCACUGGUGGGGUUUUAUUGUGCCAGGAAAUGGGUCUUUCUGGGUUCGCCUGUUUUAAUGGGACAUUGCAAGAAAUGUUGUGUACCUUGAAUACAUUCUUCCCCCUAAUGGCACCAUUUUAAUGUAAAAUAAAACAUUGACUUUGCUCUGUUCA